AGCAGCAGCUGCAAAAGCAUUUAACGGCCUUCUACGAACAAUGACACUAGGGGUGUCUCAGGACUAAACGCCACAGAGAUUGUGGGACUGCUGGAGCAUUCAAAGGAAAGCUGUCUGAUAAGGCUAAAAUCAUCUUAAAAAGGGCAUGUAAAAGCUUUGGAAAAUGAGCAGGUGACACUGACUAGAUGUUAAUGAGGAGGACUUACCGCAACAAACUUACCAAAGUGGAAAAGGAUUAUUCUUUCAAAAAAAACUACCGCUGGAAGUGAGGGCCUGUGAAGCAGGAGAAGCUGGUUGCCACGGAAUGUAUAUUGACAGUUGUCUCUAAGGACUGAAGAGAGACUUGAUUAACAGCUGGACAACAAAAUUCUUCCAAAGUAAUAUAGAGACUGAAUGCCUGUAGCCUGUCAAUCUGAGUGGAGGUUGGCAAGUGAGCAGGGAUGGAUGUGUUUGGUGGAGCGCCACGGUUCCUGGCCUACCCUCGUCCUGUGGUAGUACAAAGUGGCACAGAUGCAGUUCUGAAAUGCCAGAUUGGUGGGGAUCCCAGACCAGCAGUUAUAUGGGAGAGAAACAAUGAGAAGAUUCAUCCAGAGGGCAGAUACCGGGUGUUUGAGGAUGGCAAUAUCUAUAACCUUAUAAUAACUUCUGUGACAAUGGAGGACAGCGGGCAAUACAUCUGCAAGGCCAAGAAUUGCAUUGGAGAGACUUAUGCAGCAGCCACUUUGAAAGUAGAAGGUGAAGCACAGGAGAUGGAAUUCCGGGAGGAAAACAAGCCCCGCUUCCUCAUCAAGCCCCUCUCGACUAGAGUUGGACGAGGAGAGGAUGCCGUGUUCUCCUGUAAGCUAUGGGGAAACCCUAGACCAGAAGUGAUGUGGGAGAAGGAUGGCAAGAAGUUGAAUGAGAUCUUUGAAAGCACACAUUUUGCCAUUAGCUAUCAGGAUGGAGGAUGGUUCCAACUAAAGAUUUUCAAGACAAGAGCACCAGAUGGAGGGGUGUACACGUGUAAGGCCAGGAAUGAAUUUGGAGAGAGUCUGGCAGGGGCUGUGCUGUUGGUGGAUGCUGGACCAGGACAUGAAGAUGAAGGGAACCGUAAUGGAUACAAUAAUGGCCACUGGAAAGCACAUCAGGGAAAACAGAGAAGUGGUAGGCAGGUUGCGACAAGGCUGAAAGAUGGCCCACUGCCAAACUCAGCCAAAGUGAAAAUGUUUGCAGUGACAGAAGGGAAACAUGCAAAGUUUCGGUGCUAUGUAACAGGGAAGCCAAAACCAGAAAUAUUAUGGAGGAAAGAUGGGAGACUAAUCUUGUCCGGGAGACGGUAUCUUUUAUAUGAAGACAGAGAGGGUUACUUCACACUUAAAGUUCUCUACUGCAAACAACAGGACAAUGGAGUUUAUGUCUGUUCUGCUUCAAACACUGCAGGGCAAACCCUGAGUGCUGUACACCUUAUCAUCAAAGAGCCACCUGUUCGAUUUAAGCAACCACUGAAUGACUUGCAAGUAUGGGAGAGAGACUUGGCUGUUCUUGAGUGUGAAGUUCCUGAGGACUCUGUUCCAAUCACCUGGUACUUGGAAGACAGACGACUACAGCCUGGAGCCAAAUAUGGGAUGGAGGAGUGGGGUACAAAGCGAAGACUCACAAUUCGUGAUAUUGGAGUUGAUGAUGAUGGGAUAUAUCUCUGUGAGAUGGCUGAUGGGGGCAGAAGCAUUGCUGAGGUAGCAGUCAAAGGUACCAUUGUAAGAAAGCUGCCACGAAAAGUUGACGUUCUGGAGGGGGAAAAUGCAGCCUUCUGUGUGGAAGUGGAGGAGGAGGAAAUGGACAUUCAUUGGUACAAAGAUGGAACAGAACUAAGGGAAACCCAUCAGACCAUUCUCAAAUCUUUUGGAAGGACACACAUCUUGGUUUUUGUCAACACCACACCACAAGACUCUGGUAUGGUCAUGUUCUAUGUGGGUAGAUCAAAGACGUCAUCGCAGUUACGGGUGAAAGCUGCAAGGCACUGUCCACCAAGCUGUCCUAUCGGGGUACAGAUAAACACAGAACGAGCAAAUGCAGCUCUCCUUUCCUGGUAUCCAGCACAAGACUCUCGGAAGAAUCCACCUUCAGGGUAUAUAAUUGAGAGGCAAGAGGUUGGCUCACAGGAGUGGCUGCAAUGUUUGACCACAGACUCUGCAACCUCAGUGGAGAUUCUUGGUGACAGCGUUCCAUGCGAGGCAGACUACAGAUUUCGGAUAUGCAGUGUCAACAAAUAUGGAAGGAGUGGGAAUGUAGAGUUUCCACGAGCAGUGCACCUUGUCCCAGUUGCCAGAAUACAAGCACCUCUACAAGACGCUUUAGUGCCAGAGGGCCAGGAUGCCUGCUUUACCAUUGAGCUAUCUGCCUCAGUUAUAGGCACUUGGUUCUUAAAUGGAAAUCAGCUUCAAGACGAUGACCGUUUCUCCAUAAGGCGUUCACGUACACACCAGUCCCUACGCAUUCGUGGGGUACGGGACACAGACAACGGAGCAGAGAUCACCUUCAUUGCCUACGGAAUUCGAGAUUCUGCUGCUUUAUAUAUACAAGCACCACUGGUAAAAUUCACUCCACUUUCUGAAAUGGAUCGAAACAAAUUUGUGGAGGUUGGCAACCCUAUUGUGCUCUACUGUGAGCUGUCAGACCCUGAGGCUCCAGUUCGUUGGUAUAAGAAUGGUGUUGAACUUCAAUCAAUGGAAGGUCUGCACAUCCAAUCAGAGGGAACAAUGAGGAGGAUUGUCAUUCAAUCAGCUGAUUUCUCCCACUCAGGAGUUUAUAGUUGCGAUGCUAUUGAUGAUGUCAUCAGGUUUAACGUGGAGGUUGAGGCACCUCCUGUGACAUUUGCCUACAUACCAGAAGAUGAUCUGCACAGAAAUAUUGUGGAACAAGACAAUCUACUCCUUUGCUGUCAAGUGUCCAGGUCAGAUGCUACUGCACAAUGGUACAAGGAUGGAGUAGAGCUAAAGCCUAGUGGCAACGUCCUCAUAGAGGCAGAAAACACUAUACGAAGAGUGAUCGUCCUGUCGUCUCAACUCUCAGAUUCUGGGACGUACACCUGCCGUGCUGGAGAUAGUGCAUUAACAUUUAAAGUUAAUGUAAGAGAACCUCCAGUGAUGAUUGUAUAUCCCAAGGAAGAUGUCCACCUUGAUCGCUAUGUUCCCGAAGAAAUUGUCCUCAGCUGUGAACUUUCACGGCCAAAUGGAAAAGUGACAUGGUUCAAGGAUGGACAGAAACUACAGGAGAGUGAAAACAUAAAGCUAAAGUCAGAGGGUCCGUACAGACGACUAAAAAUUCUGCGCAGUGGUGUUGAGGACUCAGGAGAAUAUGUUUGUGACACAGCUGAUGAUUCAAUAUUCUUCAAUCUAAACAUUAAAGAACCACCGGUGCGCAUAGUUUCUCCAAGCCAGUCCCAAAUGGAACUUUGCCAACAGACUUCUGAGAGGAUGGUCCUGAGCUGUGAAAUCUCUAGACCAAACGCCACUGUACGUUGGUAUCGAGAUGGACUAGAAGUGGAGGAGAGUGACAGCCUAAUUCUGGAGGUUGAUGGUGUCUAUAGGAGACUUAUUAUCCCAAAGCCUACCGUCAAAGACUCCGCAGAAUAUGUCUGUGACAGCGAUGACUCAGUGACCUUCUUUGUAAACAUCGCAGAGCCACCAGUUAGAUUUAUUCGGCCAAGGAAAAUGGCCUAUGGAGUAGAAAAACUUGUUGGAGACAUUUUGGUUCUUGAGUGUGAAGUGUCUCGACCAAAUGCUGAAGUUAGUUGGAAGAAGGAUGGAGAAGAGAUUGAGGAGAACAGCAACAUAACUAUCACAGAGGAUGGCACAAGUCGACAGUUAACCAUUCAUUCUGCAACUUUUGAAGAUGCAGGGCAAUAUGUCUGUGAUGCUAGAGAUGAUGUGAUGGAUUUCCUAGUGAAAAUCAAAGAUCCACCACUAAAAAUUCUGCGGAAAACUGACAUAGAAAUAAAACGCAGAUUUGUAGUAUCUGAUGCCAUUGUGUUGAAAUGUGAGAUCUCAAGACCAAAUGGGGUGGUCAGUUGGCUUAAAGACAAUGAGAAGAUUGAGGGAAAUGAGCAUUUCAUCUGUGAAGAGGAAGGAACAUUCAGAUCCCUGAUUGUCCUGAGCGCUGAGUUGAAGGACUCAGGGGAGUACAUAUGUGAUGCAAGUGAUAAAGUUGUCUUCAGUGUUACUGUAGAAGAGGCUCCAGUGUCUAUUGUUGGAAAUUCAGAGAAGUCAGAACACCACAUUUUAAUGACAGGAGAUGAGCUUAUCCUGGAAUGUGAGGUAUCUCGAGUAAAUGCUAUAGUCCAGUGGUACUUCAAUGGACGUUUACUGCAAGAGGAUUCACGCACACACAUUGAAAGCAGAGACACAACGAGGAAGCUUGUGAUAUCAGAACUUCAGACAUCCGACUCUGGAGAGUAUCUUUGCGAUGCCAUUGAUGACAAAAUGACAACUAGACUAACAGUUCAAGAACCACCAUUCAAAUUCAUCAAAAAAGACGAAAGAACAAAUAUUUCAGCCAAUGAAGAAGACAGUGUGACACUACGUGCCACUGUUAACAGGGUCAAUGCCCCAGUUAAAUGGCUGAGAGGCCAUGAUCCAGUCAGAGGUGAUCGUUUCCACACAACAAGUGAUGGUAACACUCACUACCUCACUAUUAACCCACUUAAGAGAAGUGAUACUGGAGAAUACACGUGUCAUGUGGGAUCUGAUGAGAAGCAAUUCAGUGUCCAUAUUAAAGCAAUGAAAGUGAAAUUCUCCAAACCACUAGAAAACGUAGUGGGACUCAAAGGUAGUGAUGUGGUUUUAAAAUGUGAACUGUAUAAGUCAAAAGGAGAUGUUCAGUGGCUUAAGGGCAGCCAAGAGAUUGCACCAAACAGACAUUUUACAAUCAGAGCUGAGGGUCGAGUGAGAAGCCUGACAAUACAUGAUGUCACAGAAGAUGAUGCAGGAGAGUAUGCUUGUGAAUCUAAAGAUGAAAGGACAUCGGCAACUGUAGUGGUCAACAUUCCUCGCAUUGUGGAGUUUAUUGCAGAGCUACACAACAUAACUGUCAUGGAAGGAGAAGAUGCAUUAUUUAAGUGUGUGGUAUCCCCAGAGGAUGCAAAAUUGGCCUGGUUUAAGAAUGGCCAGCCAAUUUCAUCAAAUGAGAAGUUCAACAUCUCAAGUAAUGGAUUAUGCCAUAUGCUGCAUAUCAACAACUGCCUAGUCUCAGAUAGCUGCAAGUUGACAGCCGAGGCUGAAGGUGUGAUUUCCAGAGCUAUCCUACAGGUCCAAGAGGCACAGGUGCUUUUCACGAAGAGCAUGGACCCGGUGGUUGCAGAGGAGUUUGGUGAGGCAACACUUGAGGUGGAGGUCAGCCUUGAGACUGCGGAGGUGCAGUGGAUGAGACAAGGAGUGGUUAUACAUCCAGGGUCCAAAUUCACCCUGAAGCAGAAUGGCCAAAAACGUUCUCUCACAAUCCACAAACUCACCCUUUCAGACCGCGGCACCUACAGCUGUGAAACGCUUCAUGACAGCACACAAGCCAAGCUCACUGUGGAACCACGAAAAAUCAAGAUUCAGAAAGGUCUAACUGAGAUCCAGACUUACGAACGAGAGACGGCUUCUUUUGAGGUGGAGCUGUCACAUGGCAAUGUGGAUGGUGUGUGGCAGAAGGAUGGGCACAUUCUCAAAAACAACAACCGAUUGCGUAUGACUGCAAAAGGACGAGUACACAGCCUAACCAUCUCUAACCUGACCUUGGAUGACACUGGCACCUACAUAUUCUCUGUUGAGAACAUCAAAUCACUAGCAAGAUUGGAAGUUAAAGAAAUUCCAGUAACAAUUCUGAAAAAGCUUGAGGAUAUCAGGCAACCAGAAGGAUCUGGCAUAACCCUUGAAUGUGAGCUCUCACGCCACAAUGUGGAUGUCAAGUGGACAAAGAAUGAAGUUCAUCUUAAACCAGGAAAAAAUCAUCGCAUUUACUCAAUGGGAAGAAAGUGCUUUCUACAGAUACUGAAGUGUGAGCUGGGAGACUCUGGUUUAUAUGUGUGUGAUGCUGGGGAUGGCACUACCUCCUGUUCAGUGGAUAUCUAUGAGAGGGAGCUUGAGAUACUACAAAGCUUAGAGGAUCUGGAUAUUCAAGAAGGUCAGAAUGCAGUGUUCAUGUGUGAAGUGUCCCUGGAUGAUGUGCCCGGAGAGUGGUUUAAGAAUGGCGAGAAGAUAAAACCAACCAGCACCAUUAAGAUUCGUCAGGAAGGGACAAAGCACUUCCUCCUCAUAUGCAAUGUUAAAGAAGACGAUUCUGGAGAGAUCAAGUUUGUUGCCAAGAAUGUUGAGACUACAGCUUACCUUGAGGUGGAAGCACUACCAGCAAACAUUGUGAAACCACUUCAGGACAAGACUGCUCUGGAAAAAACCCGUGUCAUACUGGACUGCACUGUGACCAAUCCGCGUUGCAGCAUUCGCUGGUAUAAGGGACCGAAUGUCAUCCUGCCCUCAGAGCGCUUUGAGAUCUGCAGUGAAGGGUGCUAUCGAAAACUUGUGAUUCAGCAGGUGUUGCUAGAAGAUGAGGGCACCUACAGUGUCCAAGUUGGAAACUACACAUCUUCAGCAAAACUAACUGUUGAAGCUCAGUCAGUCCUAAUGGUGAGAGAGCUGAAGGAUGUGGAUGUGACAGCUCCUGCAGAUGCAUGCUUUGAAUGUGAAGUCUCUUUGCCUGUGGCCAAGGCACCUACCUGGACCCUGAAUGGGGAGACACUGUAUCCUGGUCCUAAAGUUGUGGUGGAGAAAAUAGGAACCAUUCAUAGGCUCAUUCUCAAACAAACAUCCGAAGACAUGAGCGGCACAGUGUGCUUUAUCACAGAGAGAGUCAAAAGCACUGCACAUCUGCAAGUCAUAAGUAACCAGUGAGAAACAACACAAACAAUUACAGUGCAUAAUACUCAACUACGCCACUAUUUAAGUAUUAAAUGAAUUGUUUUAAUGUGUCUGAAAGAGAUAGGUCUAUCAUUAAUUUAUUUGAAAUGCAAAUUUGAUAUCUUUAUUAUGCUGUUUUACAAAUCAUAUCCUCCUCUACAUGGUUUACCACUCAUUACAUAAUCAUUUUUAAGUUUUUCUAAAUUUAUGAUCAAACACAUUCGUGUAGUACUUUAUGGGCUACACAAAAUGAACAACAGACACCCAGACACGUAAUUCACCCAUGUUGUUACUGCUUAAAUUUCUUGCACAUUAAUUUGGUAUUUAAUUUUGAAAUUUGUGUACUACUGUAUAUCCUUGUAUAGAUAUCGUUUGUGAUGUUUUUUUAAUUCUUGUUUUGUGGGAUGCAGAUUAAAGUGAGGUUAAGGCGAAAUAAAAAUCUGCAGGGCCAAAGAUGAUCAAAAGAGGGUUUGGGACGGAAAGUAACUUCAGCAUAUAUAUAACAAAUACACUGAAUUCAAGAAUACAGACGUUUUACAAAGUAGGGAAAUAUUUAGAAAUAAAUGAAAACGGUUUUGAUAGUUUUAGUUGUUUGCUUCUGUUGUAAUCAGAAGGUAUGUCACCAUUCUUGCCUUUUACUGAAGUAUCCGAAUAAAGUGCUGCAAUUUUCCCUUGCUAAGCAAUAUCUUUCAAUAAAACUUGAAAACUAAUUUU